AUGACACUGGAAGCUGGCACCCUACGUGUGACACUCCAAUACGCCAAGGACAUCAAGGACUGCGACUGGUUUGGCCGUCAAGACCCGUACGCCAGGCUGCGCAUCGGAAGCCAAGAGAGGCUUUCCCGGGUUUGCCGUGAUGGCGGCCGCAACCCAGUUUGGGAUGAGGCCUUUGAGUUCACCAUCAUCAACGAGAACACUUUAGAAAUGAUCCUCAUGGACCAGGAUACUCUCAAGCGCGACGACCUUAUCGGUACAUGUACCAUUAGCCUCGCGCGAGUCCGCGAGCAAGGUCACGACAUCGUGCAGGCGCCUGUGUCCAAUGGAAAGAAGACUCAAAAGCAGCAAGGUUUUGUGCAAGUCAGCCUCUCCUUUGUUCCUAACUCCAGGCUACGGCCGUCCAGCCAACCAGCUGCCUACCAUCCGGCAGCGCCCAUGCCAGCCUACAGCUACACCACUGCGGCACCUCCGCCAGGCCCCACAGGGUAUUAUUCUGCACCGUCCUUUCAUUAUAGCCCGUGUUUAGGGACCCAUCAACCAGCAACGGUCGCUUCAGGUUGGCCAGUAUGCCCAGUACCACCUGUACGACAGCGAGCGCUGCCACGCGCUGCUGGUGAUGCUGCUGCUAAGUACAGCCCCGAUGCGGGUGUAGACCUCCUGGGUGAUGAACUGCUGGACCUGCUGGCGGGAAACCCGCUGCCCACACUGGGCCCCCAUGCACCCGGCACCACCGCCUCGGAUGCCGAUUGGCAGGAGGCAGGAGCGGACUGCGGAGCGCCGUGCAUCUGA